UACUGCCAUUGCUCCUUACUCGGCAGAUUUCCGACGGCACAUGAACGCAGCACCAUCAACACAAUUACUCCAUCUGUGCCGCGGCCCCUUUAAGACGCUCCUGGGUGGAAACGGGGAAGUUUGUAAGUCCAAGAGCCAGUUGGGCUCCGUCCCAUUCAGCUUUGCGAUCCGCACUUUGUACAAAAUAUAUGACUGAAGGACGUGAUUGAUAUAAUAUAAACACACUCAGACGUCUGUUAGGCAAAGAAUAACACGCCGUAAAGUUGAAGCAUCAAUGACAUGUUAUGAAAGGCUAAAAAGGACACAAGGGGGUUGGUGACAGUGUGAAAUAAUCCGGAAUGGGACGCGUCCCCGCAGGGAUCCUCGCCGCUCUUCUAUGCACGACACAGCAACAAGGAAAAGUAGCAACAAAAAAAAAGAAGAGCAGCAGGAAUUGAAGUGCAUUACAGUUUAAAACAGCACGUCAGAGAGGAAAAAGAGGCCAAGGAGGAAGUGGAUCAAACCGGCCCGGGGCUCGUCUCUGUUCGGGGUUAAGUCCGCAGGCUCCCACGGACCCCACGGAUCCAGAUCCUGAACCAGAUGAGCUGCUAUGAGCAGCGUGCGGUAGUCGAGCGUAGGCUGCGUGGCUCUGUAAAACUAAUCCACUGGAUCUAUUGUGUGUGAAAGCCAGAAGGAGAAGAUGGGGCAUCCUCCCCUGGAGUUUAGCGACUGCUAUCUGGACAGUCCGGAUUUCAGAGAGACCCUCAAGUGUUAUGAAGUGGAGCUGGAGAGGACCAGCAAAUUCCUCAAAGAGUUGAUCAAAGAUGGCAACAGUGUGAUCAAUGCAAUCAAAGGUUAUUCUGUGGCGAUACAGAAGUUUUCACAAACACUCAGCGUGUUUCAGUUCGAAGUCAUCGGUGACUCUCUGACAGAUGAUGAGAUUAACAUCGCUCAGUCGUUCCAGGAGUUCGCUGGACUCCUGCAGGAAGUGGAGCACGACAGGAUGAUGUUGGUUCAGAACGCCUCCGACCUGCUCAUCAAACCGCUGGAGAAGUUCAGAAAGGAGCAAAUAGGAGUAACAAAAGAAAAGAGAAAGAAGUUUGAGAAAGACAGUGAAAAAUAUUACUCCCAGGUGGACAAACACCUGAAUCUUUCUGCCAAGAAGAAAGAGAGCCAACUUCAAGAGGCUGAUGAACUCUUAGACAAAGAGCGAGUGAACUUCUAUGAAUCGUCAGUGGAGUACGUGUACCAGAUCCAUCAAGUUCAGGACAGAAAAAAGUUCGAUGUUGUGGAGCCGGUGCUGGCCUUCCUUCACAGCGUUUUAACACUCAACAACCUGACAGUGGAGAUGACUCAGGACUUCAUGCCUUACAAGCAGGAACUGCAGCUCAGCUUGCAGAAUACAAGAAACCACUAUGAGAGCACUCGGGAGGAAAUGGUGGAGCUGAUGAAGAGGAUGAAACACCCCUCACAGAUAUAUAAAAUGCACAGUUUUCUUCCGAUGGAGGGUUAUCUGUACUGUCAGGAGAAGUGGGCUUUGGGGGUGUCAUGGGUCAAAUAUUAUUGCAGGUAUCACAAGGAGGGGAGACUGCUGGUCAUGGUGCCUUGUGAACAGAAGACGACAACUAAACAGGGUCCCACGCAGCUGACGCUGAAAUCCUGCAUCCGCCGGAAGACCGACUCCAUAGAUAAGCGCUUUUGCUUCGACGUGGAAAUUAUCGAGAGAAACACGCCCGUCACCUUUCAGGCUCUUUCGGAGGGAGACAGGAAGUUGUGGAUGGAGGCCAUGGACGGAAAAGAGCCUAUCUAUCAUUCCCCAAUUCACAAGCAAGCUGAAAUGGAAUUGAACGAAAUUGGAUUCAAGUUUGUGCGAAAGUGCAUCAACUAUAUUGAAACAAAAGGAGUCACACAAGAAGGAGUGUACAGAACAGUUGGCAGCAACAUUCAAGUGCAGAAGCUUUUAAAUGCCUUCUUUGAUCCGACAAACCCGGGAGAUGUGGACCUUCACAGCAGCGACUGGGACGUGAAAACCAUCACGAGUGCAUUGAAGUUUUAUCUACGGAGCUUGUCUGAACCUCUGAUGACCUACGGUCUACACAGAGACCUCAUGUGUGCUGCAAAGUCGGAUAGUCUCGACUCUCGACUGAGUGAAAUUCAUUCACUCACCUACAAACUACCAGAGAAGAAUCGAGAGAUGUUGGAGAUGCUUAUUAAACACCUGGUCAACGUGUGCAGUCACAGUGAAGACAACCUAAUGACGCCUUCAAACAUGGCUGUUAUCUUUGGACCCACGCUGAUGAGGGCAAAGGAGGAGACCGUGGCGGCGAUGUUGGAUAUCAAGUUCCAAAAUAUCGUCGUGGAGAUUCUGAUUGAGGACUACAAAAAGAUCUUCAGUUAUAUGCCAGAGGACAGCACCGCCCCGCCCGUCCCUCCUCCGCGAAUCACCCCGAGAAAGCGGCAACCGAUCACAAUCUCCAAGCGACCACCUCGUGUUUAUCAUGCUCUUAGUCACGACCACUUUCAGCACGCAGAGAAUGGCCAGAAUGAGAGCUCUGUGCUGGACGGGGAAGCCUCAGCGAGCCCGAUACCUCUGCAGAGGUCAAAACCUGUAAGCUCCGCUCCACUCGUUCCACGAGAACCUCCUCCGAGACACGCAUUAUUGCCCAGACCAAUCAACCGCCAUUUAGAGUCUGACAAGAUAGACGAUACGAGGCAAAGGCCAGAUUCUUCUUCAGCAGCAAACGGCGAGUCUGGAAUCUACGUGAGCCGAGUGCCUUCCUUCCAGAGCAGAAAACCACCUCCUAAGGUCACAUCAGCCAACAGAGAAGGAGAUUCUGAUGGUCUGACCAGAACAAAGUCGGCAGAAAAACAUGCCAUUUGUAGACCUCCAGUCAGGCCUCCUGAGCCCCCCUCCAGGUUUCCGGGUUCACAAAAGACCCCGAGUGCCGUCUCCUCCAGUGCAGCCAGCAGCGAGAGCUCGGCCACAUCCUAUGUUGCCUCUAAAACAAAGUUUUUUGAGAAUGCCUCCAGGCAAGUUGUCAGUCCUCCGACCUCUCCGUCACCAUCAGCAGGGACAAAUGUGAAAAAAGAGUUUCCUCAGAAUUAAAGUAAAGGAGGGACACGUCAUGUGACCACUACAUGUGCAUCAAGCUGGAGGGAAUUAGCUCAGUCGCUCUUGAUCUUAUCGGACUGACUGAAGAAAUGGCUCUCCGAAGAACUGAAUGGAUGUUUGAAUCCAUUUGAUUUUUUAAUAGUAAGAGUGGUGUUGUGUAAAGCAGCACGGUAGCAAACUGACUUUUGAUUGAGCUUGCAAAGUAUUUCGGCUCACUGUUGGAUCUUUAUUCCAAAGUUAGAUGGAGUAACAGCCCUUGUCUCACACCAGUUGACGAUAUCGAGUAAUUUAGCGGUGGUAAAAAGUUCAAAUGGAUAGUUUUAUUGGAGCAAACUAACUGCUUAACCAGUUGUAACAGCUUACCCCUUGUCUGCACUCUUAAUGCUUGUUUUAGCAUUUUAAAAUGGAUCUCCCAAAGAAGACUGAUUAAAAUGUACUUAAUUUGAGAGCAUUAGUCUUAAUAUUAAUCUCUAGAUUUUAUAAAAUGGACCAUGCUAAAUGAAGCAAAUUCAUUUUAAGUAAUUAUUUCUGUGUAAGCUAUUUUGGUUACCUCAUUUAAAAAGAACAUUUUGAGUUAUGUAUUUCCAUCGUCACACAACGUGUUAUUCAGAGCAGAAGUCACUUUUUACGAGGCAUUACAAAAAGUAUUGUGCUAUAAAGCUUGUGUUCAAGUCAGUGUAGUUUAAAUUUACAGUAGGAAAAGUUUUAAUAAGGAAUUAUUAAAACUGAUUCACCAGUGUCCAUUCCCAAACGUCUGACCUCGGAGCAGGUGGGUCAAGUUGCACAGGAGUCCUUGAAGUAGGGCUGUCAUGAUACCAGAUUUUUACUAUACGAUUAAUGUGGCUAAAAUAAUUCAAAAUAACGAUAUAAUUUUUUAAAUUAAAGCUACAAGUCAAAUUCAUCGUGUUCUGUCUCUAUCGUGGCACAUUAAUUCACUCAACUUUCAAGUGGAUUAACUGCAUUAAAAAGUGUUAAACACAAAGUGAGAAUGGAACAAAACAAAUGGUUUAUUUACACAAUAUUAAGUGUAUUAUUAACACAAUAUCAAUAUUUCAUUUUUAAAUGUCACAAUUGUCGUCAGUAUCUGUAUAUCACGACAACCCCUGCCUCGAAGUUUACCUGAAUUUGUUCGCACCCGAUUGUUACCAUGUGUGAAAAAUAACACUCCAGUGUUGGGUUUUUUAUGUCUUUGUUCUUAAAUUGUUUAUUAUGUUCAUUUUACACUCCUUUUUUUUGUUUCAUUUUUUAAUAACCCAACUUGAAAAUUCAAGUUGUUGUCUAGUUGGGUUAAACAAAAAAAGAGAAAUAAAACAUGAAGAGUUCUCAACAUGACUCAUGAGAA